AUGUCAAAAGGAGAUGUUGCAAUAUCUAAAACUUUAUCAUAUCUACUUAGACAUGGUGCAGUAAAGGAAGGUCUUACAAUCUCGAAUGAUGGUUUUGUAAAGGUAAAUGAUGUACUCAAUCAUAAACAAAUGAGAGGAGUAACUUUAGAAAAAUUAAGAGAAAUUGUAGACACAAACGAUAAAAAGAGAUAUCAUUUAGAAGAGAUUGGUGGAGUUUUAAAUAUUCGUGCAAAUCAAGGUCAUACUUUGAAACAUGUAGACGAUGUAGAUUUAAAGAAAAUAGAAUCAGUCAAUGACGUACCGUCUGUGAUUCACGGAACCUACAGAAAACAUUUAGAAUCUAUAAAAUCAAAGGGUCUGAACAAGAUGGAUAGAAAUCAUAUACACUUUGCAACCGGUGAUCAUGGUGACGUCGUUUCGGGCAUGCGUGGAAACUGUGAGCUCGUAAUUCAUAUCAAUUUACAAAAAGCAUUAGAUGAUGGCAUACCUUUCUUCCUAUCUAAAAAUGGUGUUGUUUUAUGUGCAGGUGACAAAAAUGGUUAUCUUUCACCGAUUUACUUCUCAUCAAUAACAGACAGAAGAGGAAAUCCAGUAAACUAA